GUAUGAGACUUAAUCAGACGGGGCUCCGCCACCGUGAUCUAAUUGCUCGCGCUGACGACUCUUUUAUUAAUAACUUUUUCUUGUCUUUUUUCUCUCUCUCCCUCCGACAUACUAGAGAUCGCGCGCUUUUGUUCGAAAAGUCUUCCUGUCAUAAUUAUAAGAAGUUUGUCCAAAGAAUAAACGCUCGUGCUAUUAAUUGUGAAUUCUUAUUUGGCGUCCCGGAAUACAAUAAUUUUGGUGUCAGAAGUGGGAUAUGCAAAAGAGUGACGAGAAGUCCAUGCCUGCUGGAUGUGAGGAUAUCUUCGACUCAACAGCGUAAUCUCCGUGCAAACAAAUAAAAUGGCGGAAAACGUAUCUCCUGAACUCAUGCAAGCUCUGACUCAGAUGAUUGUUAGUGCGCUCAAGACAUCCGUCGGUCAUGCUUCCGCGGAAUUCCAGAUGCCUCAAGACGGUACCGAGGCUGGCACAUUAAUUCAACCAAAACCACCUACAUUUUUUAUGACCGAAUAUCGCUCGUCGGAAGAGACUUCGGUUGCUGACUACUUCAAGCGAUUCGAGUGGGCGUUGAAGUUGAGCAAAAUUCCAGAAGGGCAGUAUGCGAAUUACGCCCGAGUUCACAUGGGUGCGGAGCUGAACAACGCCAUCAAAUUCCUGGUAAGCCCUCGUGACCCUGAAGACGUUCAAUUCACUGAACUACGUACGAUAUUGGUAGACCAUUUUGACCAAGCUAAAAAUAAAUACGUUGAGAGCGUGAAAUUCAGACAAAUCGUUCAGCAAAAAGGCGAAUCUAUCGCAAAUUUCGCACUACGUUUAAAACAAGGCGCUGCGCAUUGUGAAUACGACACAUUUCUGGACAGAAUGUUGAUUGAACAACUUCUCCACGGACUGGAAUCACGAGAUAUGUGCGACGAAAUUAUCGCUAAGAAACCGACUACAUUCAGUGCGGCAUACGAGAUCGCGCAUUCACUCGAGGCAACCCGGAACACGGCAAGUGAAAUUAGGACCUCCGAACCGGCAACCGCUCCUGAAAUGACAAACAAACUGGGUUAUGAAAUGCCGAAAACGAAAAAAAGCGGACAGUUUCGACAUCGAACAUCACCACUGGACAACGGACAACUUCAAGGUUCGUGUAAUGGUUGCGGAGGACAACAUCUGAGAAGCCAAUGUCGAUUCCGCGAAGCAAAAUGCUUCAAAUGUGACAAGACCGGUCAUAUAUCUAAGGUAUGCAGGACAAAGAGGUCUACACCGCAGGAUUCCUCCACCAAUCAGGUUCAAUCGGAAAUGCCAUCUGCUCAAGUUGAUUCCCUACAACUAUUAAGUCAAAUUCACGAAAUUGCCUCUCCAGAAAACUGAUAGGCAAUUUUCGAGUUACACAGGACACCAUAUUGAUUGCCUUGGUCGUAUCCCAGUAAACGCAACUAUUGGAUCCGCUACACG